AAAUAUAUUUAAAUAGUAUUAGGAAAGUUCUUUGUUAAGGAAAUUGUAUUAGCGUUAAAUCGAUAAGUCUGGGACAAUGAAGUUGUCAUCAUCCGCCGCAAUUAAACUGUUGUAGCUUUUCUUGAAAAAAGAAACGACCAACAUGACUUUUUUGAUUAAAGGGGUAAAACUAUCCCAAUUAGCAACCACCAGAGUCACAAUUCCAUUUCAUGUUUCUGUUCGCAACCAUUGGAACAAGGACUGGAAAGCAUCCAAAUAUCCUGAGACUGAAGAGGAACGAAAAGCAGCUGCUAAAAAGUAUGGAAUGCAUCCUUCAGAAUAUCAACCAUAUCCUGAUGAUGGAUUAGGCUAUGGCGAUUAUCCAAAACUCAAAGAUGAACCUGUGGAACGUCGUGACCCAUACUAUCCAUGGGACAUGCCAGAACUAAAACGCAAUUUUGGGGAUCCGAUCCACAUACAAAACAGCUUAUAUAGCGAAGAUCGUUAUGGUACAGCAGCACCUCUGAGAUAUUCAAAAUCAACAAUGUUUUAUUCUUUUCUUGGUGUGAUGACGUUUUUCUUUGGUGCUUACUUUUUCUUGGAAGAUUAUAAAAUGUUUAGACCUGUAAUGCCACCUCAAAAGCCAGGAAAUGGUCAAGUACAUUAUACUUUUGAGCCGAAAAAUUAAAAAAAGUAAACGUUAUGGUUAAUUAUUGUUUAUUGUGAAGAAAUGUUUUUUUCAGAAUGAAUAAAAAUAAAUAAUAAAGAAUAUCAGUAGAAAAUUAA